AUGGGUAGAAUAAAGAAGAGAGGAACAACCGGAAGUGCCAAGAACUUCAUUACUCGUACACAAGCUGUGCGUAAAUUGCAAGUGUCUCUUGCUGAUUUCCGUCGUCUUUGUAUCUUCAAGGGGAUCUAUCCUCGUGAACCACGUAAUAAAAAGAAGGCUAACAAAGGAUCAACUGCUCCUGUCACUUUUUAUUAUUCUAAGGAUAUCCAAUAUCUCUUACACGAACCUGUGUUGAUGAAGUUUAGAGAACACAAGACUUUUGCUAAGAAAUUACAAAGGGCUUUGGGUAGAGGUGAGGUUAACGAUGCUAUGAAGUUGGAACAAAAUAGACCAAAAUAUAAAUUGAACCAAAUUAUUAAGGAAAGGUAUCCUACCUUCUUGGAUGCAUUACGUGAUUUGGAUGAUCCAUUAAACAUGUUGUUUUUGUUUGCUAAUAUGCCAGCUACUGAUCGUGUAAGCACUAAAGUCACACGUGAAGCUGAAAAAUUGUGUAACCAAUGGUUAGCAUAUAUUGCCAAGGAAAGAUUAAUGACCAAGGUUUUUGUUUCUAUUAAGGGGGUGUAUUACCAAGCUAAUGUCAAGGGUCAAGAAGUUAGAUGGUUGAUUCCAUAUAAGUUUCCUACUAAUAUUCCAAGUGAUGUUGAUUUUAGAAUCAUGUUAACUUUCUUGGAAUUUUAUUCCACUUUGGUUCAUUUCGUGUUGUUUAGAUUGUAUAAUGAUGCUAAUUUGGUUUAUCCUCCUACUAUUGACAAAUUAACCGGUAUUGGUGGAUUAUCAAGUUUUGUUGCCCAAACCAAGGGACAAGCUUUGUUACCUGAAAAGAAACAAGAAGAGUCAACUGAAGAAGGUAAGGAAUUAAGUCAAGAUGAAAUCACCAAGGCUAUUGAAGCUGAUAAGGAAGAAAAUGAAGAUGUUGACGAAGCCGAAGAAAACGUUGAAGAAGUUGAACUUGAUGAAUUUCAAGCCACUAACAAGACAACUGGAGAUUUAUUAUCGCAACCUUCAAAAUUCGCAACUCCUACUUCAACCUUAUUCUCCAACUUCAUCUUCUAUAUUGGUCGUGAAGUGUCCUUGGAUAUUUUGGAAUUCUGUAUUUUAGCAUGUGGUGGUAAAGUGAUAUCUGAAAUUGCCAUGGAUGAGUUAAAAUUAAGCAAUCCAGAAGAAUUCAACAAGUUAAACUUGUCAAAUAUCACUCAUCAAAUAAUUGAUCGUCCAAAGAUUUUACAAAAGGUUGCUGGUAGAACAUAUAUUCAACCUCAAUGGGUAUUUGACUGUAUAAAUAAGAGUGAAUUAUUACCAGUCAGUGCUUAUGCUGCUGGUGAAACCUUACCUCCACAUUUAUCACCAUGGGGAGAUGCUGGUGGAUAUGAUCCAACUGCUGAAGCCAAGGAAGGUGAACAAGAAGAAGAAUCUGAAGAAGUCGACGAAGAAGACGUUGAAGCUGAUGAAGAGGAAGCCGAAGAAGAAGAAGAAGACGAAGAUGUCAAGGCUCAAAAGGAAUUAGAAUUAGAAGCCAGUGGUGUUAAAUUCUCUGAAAUCAAGGAAGACACUACCAAGAAGUCUUCUAAGAAGAAACAACAACCAACUGAAGAAGAAGAAGAAAAGGAAUUGAAGAAGAUUAUGAUGACCAAUAAACAACGUAAGUUGUACAAGAAGAUGCAAUAUGGUAUUGAAAAGAAAGAAACCAGACAAAAGGAAUUAACUAAGAAGAAAAAGAAGAUUAUUAGUGAAUUAAACAAGAAAAACUAA